UGCGCGGCGGCCGGCAGCUGCGCCCCAGGUAGGAGCGCCGCCCCCUCUGGAGCCCCGCCGCGCAUCGCCCGGGACCGCGGCCGCCCGCUCUACCGUGUGGUCCCCUAGGAUGGGGAGCGCGGCGCGGCUCUGCGCUGGGGAAGCAGAGCGCCGGUGAAGCCUCCCUGCGUUCGCCCGCCGCGGCCAUGGCCGGCCCCGGCGCGUGGAAGCGCCUGCGGUCGCUGCUGCGGAAGGACGAUGCGCCGCUGUUUCUGAAUGACACCAGCGCCUUCGACUUCUCGGACGAGGCGGGGGACGAGGGGCUGUCUCGCUUCAACAAACUUCGCGUGGUGGUGGCGGACGACGACUCGGAGAGCCCGGAGAGGCCUGCGAACGGGGCGCACCCGACGCUCCAGGCCGACGAUGACUCCUUACUGGACCAGGACUUACCUUUAACCAACAGUCAGCUGAGUCUAAAGAUGGACCCCUGUGACAACUGCAGUCGACGGCGGGAGUCGCUGAAGCAGAGGAAGGUGAAGACCAGGCUGGUCAUCGCGGCCGUGCUUUACCUGUUCUUCAUGAUCGGAGAGCUCGUGGGUGGAUACAUUGCAAACAGUCUAGCAAUUAUGACAGAUGCACUGCAUAUGCUAACUGACCUUAGUGCCAUCAUACUCACUUUGCUUGCUUUGUGGCUGUCCUCAAAGUCACCAACUAGAAGAUUCACCUUUGGAUUUCAUCGCCUAGAGGUUUUGUCAGCUAUGAUUAGUGUGCUGUUGGUCUAUGUUCUUAUGGGAUUCCUCUUGUAUGAAGCUGUGCAGAGAACUAUCCAUAUGAACUAUGAGAUAAAUGGAGACAUCAUGCUCAUCACUGCAGCUGUUGGUGUUGCAGUUAAUGUAAUAAUGGGGUUUUUGUUGAACCAGUCUGGUCACCAUCACUCCCACUCUCAUUCCCAUUCCCUGUCUUCAAGUUCUCCUGCCGUGGGAUCUGGUGGACACAGCCAUGGGCAGGACAGUUUGGCAGUAAGAGCUGCAUUUGUACAUGCUCUGGGGGAUUUGGUACAGAGUGUCGGUGUGCUAAUAGCAGCAUACAUCAUCCGAUUCAAGCCAGAAUAUAAGAUUGCCGAUCCCAUCUGCACAUACGUAUUUUCAUUACUUGUGGCUUUCACAACAUUUCGCAUCAUAUGGGACACAGUAGUUAUAAUCCUAGAAGGUGUGCCAAGCCAUUUGAAUGUAGAUUAUAUCAAAGAAGCCUUGAUGAAAAUAGAAGAUGUAUAUUCUGUGGAAGAUUUGAAUAUCUGGUCUCUCACUUCAGGAAAAUCCACUGCCAUAGUUCACAUGCAGCUAAUUCCUGGAAGUUCAUCUAAAUGGGAGGAAGUACAGUCCAAAGCAAAGCAUUUAUUGUUGAACACAUUUGGCAUGUAUAAAUGUACUAUUCAGCUCCAGAGUUACAGGCAAGAAGUGAACAGAACUUGUGCAAAUUGUCAGAGUUCCAGUCCCUGACUUUAUGUGUUUGGGGGUCUGCUGCCUUAUUUGUCCUGCAGUCACAGAUGUGAGAGCAAUAAGUGCAAACCUACAUGAGAAGUGGAACCUCUGACAGCUGUGUCCGUGCCAAGCACCAGUCCCUCGAAGUAGUCACUUCAGCUGUGACCGUGAGUCUCUUUAAUGCAAAAUGGGACUUCAUAAUGUUCAGAGGAAGAUGUUUCCAAAGUACUGUUUACAGAAUGAGCUGUAACUCUACAGAUACCUCACAGAAGACAAUCCGAGACCAUACUUCAUUAAUUUGACAGAGUACACAUGUCUUCAAGGGAGCAUCAGAAUUCAGUAUUUGCAUUUAAAGUACUUUUUACAGUCCUUUUCUAUGAAGUCAGUGCUAGCACACUCAGUGUUAAAUUGUUUUGUUUUGUAUUUUAAUCAUCUGGCUUGUGGAAUUGCUGCUCUCUUUUACAGAAAUCAUCCCUCAACAGAUUUCAGAACAUAGUAAUAAUAUCCAGAGACUGGAAUAAGCAUGUAUUCCUAUUUCGAAAUGUUUUAUUUCACAAAUAACUAUUAAUGUUAUAAUUAGAGUUAUACUUUAUAAGCAAGGUUUUCCAGAUAUUACUGGAUUUUGAAUAUCAAUCUUUUUGAUUAUUUGUAAUCCUGUCAAAAUCUUCAUGUAAUGUGGGCAGUGUCAUUAAAUUAUUUAGGAAAUAUUUUAAUAUAAUUCUGAAUGUCAGAAAUUAGUUUUAACUUCAAAUUACCAUAUGAUCAUUUAAAACAGAGAAGGAUGGGGUUUGGAAUUUCAGAUUUUUGUCUUCCCUAAAAAUCACUUUUGUUGUUUAUAUAGAAUUGUCUUAAGAACAGUAAGAAACUACAAAAUUUAAGCAGUUAUUCUCUGUCCUUUUAAGAACUGCCAACAUUUGGUACAGUUAGAUACCUUGGUUUUCAUCUCUACACCAAGUAAUCUAUAUGCAUCUUUCAGACUAACUGUAGAGGGCUAAGGUUGAGUUUAUUAAUAUCCACUAUGUAAAGUAACCUUUACUCCAGAGAGGACUUCUCUUUCACAAUAUGGGUCAGGGGUUCUCCAUGGACUACAGAAAACCCCAAGGUAUAUCUUGAAUUUUUCCAAUAAUGCAAUAGCAGAAAGAUACAGAAGGGUUGGGUUGAGAUCCUACUUUGAGAAAAUGAAAGAUAAAGGGCUUUUGGCCAUGUGUAUGCACGAAAGAACUAGAAUGAUGGGCAUUAAAGCUGUGGGGAGGUAGCACGAGCAUUUCCAAAUGCAAGACAGCUUAACUGGUAAUAGUUGUGUUACAGAGACAUUUGUGAAUAUUCAUGUUCAUUGGCAACCAUUGGUUUUGAGGUGAUCUUUAUGCACAUUAGGGGUCCCUUUUCAAAAAUUUUAGGAGACUAUUAAUAAAUGGCAGAUACUUCAGUGGAUACCGAAGCAUGUAUGGCCUUUAGGUAUCUAGGGGGAAAGGGGAAAUUUGCAUUAUAUACUAAUAACUUUAUCAUAUCAACUGAGCUUAUUUCUUGGAAACAUUUCUUUAUCUUAAUGUGGCCAUACCUGGUUUUUAAUAUUGACUUGUUCCUUUAAAAGUUAUUUUAUAAAACAGUCUAAAAAUCUACUUGACUAUUGAAAAGGGUCAUUUUUAUAAAAUACAGAAACACUAAAAACUUUAAAAUCUUAAUUAGCAUAUUCUGCUUGAAGUGAGGUACACCUGAAGUUUUAUUGCUUUAUUUUUGUAGCAAGAACUAGACUCUGUGCUUUACUGGGUCUACAGGAUUGAGAACUGAUUGAUUCCACUUUUAGUAACUUGUCAGAACCCACAGAGGAGGACUUUAACUCAGCACUUAACACCAGGGACUGCACGGCUGACAUCUUUAGUCUGUUCUUCACUUGCAGAGCUAUAACUGCUUGGUAGCUGAGCUGUCUGAGCACUCCAUUGCUCAGUGAAAAGCAGGAUCUGAAGUGGAGAGACACAGUGCUGAUCUUACACUAGAGAACAUCACAAAUAAAAACUUGGUGAUUCUUCUAUUCUAAUGAAUAUUUGCAAAUAAUCAGUUGCUGUGAACCCAUGUUCCACAACUCUGGCUGCAUGUAGCCUUUUGAUUUGUUUUAGGAAGACUGACUAAUGAUUUUUCUGCUUUAAGAAGCAUACUGAGAAUGCAGUUGAGUAAGACAUGUUUCAGAGGGAUGUGACAGGCAGAACUAGAAGCCGUUGUUCUCAUACGUGGCUUAAGACUCCAUUAGCCGUGGGUCUUAUGUUCUAUAAGCCCAGAUUUCACAUCCACGGCUCCUAUUGGUACUGUUUGCCAAAUCACUGGAUUCCUUAGUUUACUAUGCUUCUUUCAGUUUGUGGGGCUUUAUUUUCAUUCUCUAAAACUAUGUUUCCUGCUUUUACAAAUCUCAGUGUUCUAUCUCUUCAACCCAGGUGACCCACCUGUCAGUGUUUGUCUUUAGGAAAAUCCUCCUAGAAUGGACACAGUCAAGAUCAGCUGCACAAGCAUCUCUCAUCUGAAUGUGAGGGAAACCAUUCAGAGGCAAGGCACACUUAAAAAGUGUUUCCAGGUGGGAAAGAGCCUUUCUUCUUGAACAGUGAAUUGUUCCUAAUCCAGAUUUCUGCACACUGAGCUUUGUAGAGCACAUGAGACAGAACUAGACCACGUGGCCACCUGUGAAUAGUGUUGCAUUUCUUAGAACACCACUCAGCAAGCUUGUUUGGCUAUAUUUGUUUUCUUUUUAUGUACUUAUAAUAAUUGGUUCAUCAUCAUCAGAUGUUCUUAAGGAAUCUAAACUCCUUUGAAGUACAGUCUUAGGCAGUUUUUCUAUUGACUGCCUUGUAUGUAGUAAGUUUGAAGCUACAAAAUGUAUCUCUAGAUAAAAGAUUAAUUCAUUUGUUUAGCUCCUCUUUGUACCAAGCUUAGUUAUAAAUGAACAGCGACACCAAACUAGAUGCUGUGUUGAGGAAAGGCAGAUCUGACCUCCAGAUAGUUGAUGAAGAUAAUAUCUCUGUAGCAAACUCUCUCCAAGUCUGCAUGUGGAGCCUAUUGGUCAGGACUUCAGAUUUUAUUUAGAGAUUGCAGUUAGGAUAUUGUUUGUGAUGUUAGUGGGAGCAUGCAAAUUGGAGAGAAGAAAUUGUGGGAAAUUCCUCAGUGUUAAAUUGUGUCUACAUUUAGGCAAGCCAGUCAUUGAGUUCCUGCUUACCAAAGUUUGUUGGGACCAACAGACAUUUUCUGAUUAAAUUGACAGUGUCAAUUUAAAUAGUGUAAUCAAGACUAUCCUGAAAUAAAUGCAACCCAAAAUUGAAACGUGCCAGUUGUCAGUUUCCACCUGGAAGAUACCUUAUAUUUGGAGAACUUACACAUCUCUAAAUAAAUGUGUUAUUUAAAAAGCCAUAUCACAGUUUAAGAAAUUGUAUAUACUUUUCCAUAUACCCCUUCAGAAACCAGGUAUUUUGAAUAUGAUUGAUUUUAGAAAGAUUUUGAAGCUGGGGUUGGUUUGUGUAAUUAAGAUAAAGGUAUAUGUAUAUGUACUGUAUUUGCAAUUUUCAAAUUGUAAUUUCCUAUACAUUUAUUAAAUAAAGUGUUGUUUUGCCAUGUGGUUUAUUUAAAAAA